UCAGGUGCUUCCAGGUGUACGUAGCAUCGAGUGCACGCGCUCAUGUUGUGGUAGCCCAUCAAAGUAUCUUACUUGCGUAUUCAGUCUUUAUGUAAAUUAUGUAAGUUGUUUAGUUUUGUCACCCCAGUGUCAAAGUAGAAUGUAACAUGCUUUCAAAAUAGCUUUAUGGUUCACAAACAAGCCAACGCAAUGUUGUGGUUCAUUGUAACACCUCGAAUAUCUUUUCAAUCUGGAAUGGCAUAAUAGUUUUCAAAUAUAGUUUUCAAAUACACUGCUUUAUCGCAUUCAAGUGUCAAGAGUUCACUUGUUGCAGUGCAACGGAAAAAGCCCACUCUUCUCCAUGAAGAUUUUCAAUCCAUGUUGCAGAGCAAGGCAAACUCAAGCAGAGGAAAUGUGAGCGUCCCUUCAGCGCCUUGUCAGCGAAGUUCACGACUGGCCAGGACGCUCCGAAAAGGUGAACCACAUCAGAAAAAAAGCAAGUUAUUUUUUUCUCGUCGGACACAAGGGGCACUGUCCUCUGAUUGGCUGGGACACCCCCCUGUGACAUGCCCGUGGCCAAUCAGAGGUGCGUGAUGGCGGGGGACGUGGAGGUGUACCUGUCUCAGGUGCAUGACGGCAGCGUGUCAUCCGGCUUCCGGGCGCUGUACGAGGAGCGGCUGCUGCUGGACGUGACCCUGCUCAUCGAGGAGCACCACUUCCAGGCGCACAAGGCUCUGUUGGCCACGCAGAGCGACUACUUCCGGGUCAUGUUCACCGCAGACAUGCGCGAGCGUGACCAGGACAAGAUCCACAUGAAGGGUCUGACGGCGGCGGGGUUUGGGCAUGUGCUGCGCUUCAUGUACUACGGCUCCCUGGAGGUGUCCAUGCCCACGGUGCAGGAGAUCCUGCAGGCCGCCAUGUACGUGCAGCUCACCGAGGCCGUCGAGUUCUGCUGCAGCUUCCUGCUGGCCAAGAUCUGCCUGGACAACUGCGCCGAGGUGAUGCGACUGCUGGAGGACUUCAGUGUGGGCGUGGAGGGCGUCCAGGAGCAGCUGGACAACUUCCUGCUGGACAACUUUGUGCCGCUGAUGGCGCGGCCGGACUUCCUGUCCUACCUGAGCCUGGAGAAGCUGAAUUCCUACCUGGACAGCGACAAGCUGAGCCGCUUCCCCGAGAUCGAGCUGUACGAGGCGGUGCAGGCCUGGCUGAGGCACGACCGCCGCCGCUGGAGGCACACCGACGCCGUGGUGCAGAACCUCCGAUUCUGCCUCAUGACGCCAGCCAACGUGUUUGAGAAGGUAAAGACGUCUGAGUUCUACCGCUACUCUCGGCAGCUGCGCCAGGAGGUGGACCAGGCUCUGAGUUACUUCCACGAGGUGAAUGAGCAGCCCCUGGCCGACUCCAAGUCCAACCGCAUCCGCUCCGUACGGCCGCAGAUCGCCGUCUUCCGCGGCAUGAUCGGCCACAGCAUGGUCAACAGCAAGAUCCUGCUGCUACACCGGCCCAAGGUAUGGUGGGAGUUGGAGGGUCCCCAGGUCCCUUUGCGUCCCGACUGCCUGGCGAUCGUGAAUAACUUUGUGUUCCUGUUGGGCGGCGAGGAGCUGGGUCCGGACGGGGAGUUCCACGCCUCGUCUAAAGUCUACCGCUACGACCCGCGUCAGAACUCCUGGCUGCGCAUGGCCGACAUGCUUGUGCCGCGCUCCGAGUUUGCGGUGGGCGUGAUCGGCAAGUUUGUGUACGCGGUGGCGGGCCGCACGCGCGACGAGACCUUCUACUCCACGGAGCGCUACGACAUCGUGGAGGACAAGUGGGAGUUUGUGGACCCCUACCCGGUAAACAAGUACGGCCACGAGGGCACGGUGCUCAGCGGCAAGCUGUACAUCACCGGCGGCAUCACCUCCUCCUCCACCUCCAAACAGGUGUGCGUUUUCGACCCCAGCAGGGAGGGGGCGCUGGAGGGCCACCGCACGCGCCGCACGCCGGUGCUCAACAGCUGCUGGGAGAACAAGUCCAAGAUGAACUACGCGCGCUGCUUCCACAAGAUGAUCGCGCACAACGGCAAGCUGUACGUGUUUGGCGGCGUGUGCGUCAUCCUGCGCGCGUCGUUCGAGUCGCAAGGGUGCCCGUCCACGGAGGUGUACAACCCCGACACGGACGAGUGGACCAUCCUGGCGUCCAUGCCCAUCGGACGCAGCGGGCACGGCGUGGCCGUCCUGGACAAGCAGAUCAUGGUGCUGGGCGGCCUGUGCUAUAACGGGCACUAUAGCGACUCCAUCCUCACCUUUGACCCCGAGGAGAACAAGUGGAAGGAGGACGAGUAUCCCAGGAUGCCUUGCAAGCUGGACGGACUGCAGGUGUGUAGCCUGCACUUUCCCGAGUAUGUACUGGAACACGUGCGGCGGUGUAGCUGAGACAGGGAGCGCACUCGGAAUCCAUCUCUCUCUCUCUCUUUUUUUUCACGCCCUCCUUUCUUCUCCUCCUCCUCUCCCUACCUCCCUCUCCCUCCUUCCCUCCUCUCCUUUUCUGGUUAAAAAAAAGACAUCUGUUUUCAGGACAAUGAACGGAAAACGUUUACAGGUGUGACAAAAAAUAAUAAUACUACCAUAUUACAAUAUUGUUGGCGCGUUUUGAUCCGUAGGCCAGUGCUCAUAUUAGACAGAGAAAUCAAAAAAGAACAACAACGAUAUAAAGAAAACAGCAACCAGUAAAAACACAAUACUUUUAUGUCUUAACUGACCCCAAAAGAGCUAGCGGUUUAUCUUGCAAUUUUACAGAGUUAGCUUUCUCGGAAAAAAAUGGUGUUAAAUGUAUCCCAACCAAAACAGCAACACAAAGUUAUUCUGGUGCAUUACGACUUCCAUGUUCCCCGUCAACCAGCCAACCACAUGAUGUCAUCCUCUCACUUCCUAUUUCCUCUGACAUCGUCCUUCCUUCCUGUCAUCUGGCGCUCUGUGUGUUUGGGGAAGUCAGAAUGUGUGUGUGUGUGUGUGUGUGUGUGUGUGUGUGUGUGUGUGUGUGUGUGUG